CGAAUACAAUUCCUUCUGCCAGGAAAUGAACUUUUCAGGUUAUGGAGUGUAUUAGUAAAAUUCAUCUCCAAGGAGACACUAAACAUUCUCGUUUUCAUCGCCGCUGUUUGAUGAUGGAAAUUGCUCCGUCACAACUUAAGGUUAGUAUGUGUUUAUGAACAAUGGAUGGGUUGAUAUGGAAAGAUGGCGCAAAAUAAAAGAAUCUGUCAGCUACUAUUUCAAUGUAUGCAUGUGUUGCAAGAAACCGUCUGAGUCCAGAGAUCCCCAGAGUAACGCGAAUGCCUCGUCUAACGAAAGAGACUUCCAUGUUAUAUUCAUCAAUGGGAAUCUUCCAUCAUGCCAACUGGUUCUCCAAAAGCAUCGCCCUGACACCCCGAUACAGAAGUUCUAUCUCCCCCAAGAAACGAAAAACGCCAUAAUAGAGGCCAUUAGCGCAAUUGAAAAAGAGUACGUCAAAACAUGAAGCAGAUAAUUUGAAAAUCAAUCACAGAUUACAAAUUCACGUGCUUGUGGGUGAAAAUGAAUCAAGUGCGUUGUGAGCUCGUUUGAAAUUGAAAUCACUCACUGUAAAUACAAUGUUUAUUCUUGAGA